UGCCGUCGGAAAGAACGCGGAACGUACAGGAGUGGGGGACCAUAGCUCAGGAAACUUCAUUUAAAGACAUCAGAGGGAGCAAAAGAACCUGCGCGCGAACAAAAAUGGAUUCACCUCCGGAGAACGACUUUUGCUCGGUAUGCCACGAGAGAUUCACGCUGCCAUGUCAGGCCAACUGCUCCCAUUGGUUCUGCGGGAGUUGCAUUAUGCGUGUAUGGCAUCACGGAUCCGCUCUUCAGCCAUGUAAAUGUCCCAUUUGUCGCCGUUUUAUAACUUUGUUGAUACCUACCACAACCAUGCAGAGUCAACGUCAUGAGCUAGAAGCUAGCCAAGUUUUGGAAAACAUUGAGAAGUAUAAUCGCUCAUUCGGUGGUGGUUCACACAGUCUCUUGCAGAGACUGAGGGAUCUCCCUUUUUUUACGCGAAGGUUGUUAAGGGAACUGAUGGACCCUCAAAGAUCACUUCCACUUGUUUUCAGGGCUCGAAUGAUCUUAGCUAUUAUACCGGCUAUACUCUAUGUCCUGAGCCCCAUUGAUAUCAUUCCAGAGGGAGUUUUUGGUCUGGUCGGCUUUCUUGACGAUUUGCUCAUUCUGCUGAUUGCUUUUCUGCAUCUUGCUGCUAUCUACCGAUCAAUUCUUCUUUACCGACAUGGAGGCCACUGAAAUAUGUUCUGUUCUUCAGCUUGUAUAGUUGUGACGUUACAGGUGGCAUGAACGCAUGCACUCUUUUAGCAGGAAGCCGAGAAACUAGCAAAAUAUUCAAAAACCAUGAUUGCUUUCUUCAUUCGUCUUUUGUAAAGUUAGACUUGUGCAAGUGUGAAUUUUUAGUAUCUCGUGGUGCAUUCGGUUGAAUAGACAGAAUCAGACCAUUCACUUGUUAUUCUUUAAAUCCUAACGCUGUUUUU